UUGAAUGGAUGUGCCUUGAGAGCCACUUCAGCCACAACCUCUCAUCUUCUUCUUUCUGCUCUCAACUAUUCAAUUCUAUUCUAUUCAAUUCAUAGAGCUUCAAAGAAAUAUCAAAGUUUUGAGCUUAAACAACCAUGUCAUUGUCUAUAUCUACUACCACCAGUGGUCACUACUCUGCACUUUCGUUGCCAAUAAGAACAACCCAAAUCAACUCUAAGCAAAACCCAGCUUAUUUUCUUCCUACCACUAAGUUGUUUUCUUCAAGAAACCAUUUUUCUUGUAGUUUUUCAAAUACCCAGUUCUCAAAACCGUUCCUUUUUGUGGUUAAAGCUUCAUCUGAUGUUGGGUCAGAAGCACCCAAAGAAGGAGGAGAAGAGGAACCGUAUGAAGAGUAUGAGGUUGAGAUUGACCAGCCUUAUGGAAUCAAAUUUGUGAAAGGAAGGGAUGGUGGAACUUACAUUGAUGCUAUUGCUCCUGGUGGGUCAGCUGAUAAAGCUGGAGUCUUCACUGUUGGUGAUAAAGUUCUUGCCACCAGUGCUGUUUUUGGGACCGAGAUUUGGCCAGCUGCAGAAUAUGGAAGAACAAUGUACACAAUUCGCCAAAGAAUAGGCCCGUUACUCAUGAGAAUGCAGAAAAGAUAUGGAAAGAUAGAUACCGACGGUGAGUUCACUGAUAAGGAGAUCAUCAGAGCUGAGAGGAACUCCGGUGUAGUCAGUAACAAACUCAGGGAAAUUCAAAUGCAAAACUACCUAAAGAAAAAAGAAUUGAAAGAGCGCCGGGAAACUGAUUUGAGAGAAGGCUUACGUUUAUACAAGACUGCUAAGUACGAGGAAGCAUUAGAAAAAUUUGAGUCAGUUUUGGGAACAAAGCCAGAGCCUGAUGAAGCAGCAGUGGCAAGUUAUAAUGUUGCUUGUUGUUACUCUAAGCUAAACCAGAUUCAAGCUGCACUUUCUACACUUGAAGAAGCUCUAAAGUCUGGUUUUGAAGACUUUAAGAGAAUCAGAACUGAUCCUGACCUUGCAAAUGCAAGGGCAUCCCCGGAAUUCGAACCAUUGUUGAAAAGAUUUGAUGAAUCAUUUAUCAAUGAGAACGCCAUCAAUGCCAUCAAAUCAAUUUUUGGAAUAUUUAAUAAAAAAUAACCCAUCUGCGUAGACACAAGAAAACAAUCGGUUUAACUCUAAGGAAUUGAUUGAGCAGUAUGAUUCCAUGACAUUUGAUUUCGCCAUGUAUAUUUUGUAGUUAAUUAUAGAUCUCAAUUUUUUUGUUGCCACCUUUGCAUAAUCUUGUUUUAUGUACUAGUAUAUGAUAUAUAAGAAACUUAUGAUCAAUAAAAUUGUCCAUUUCAAUCAA